AUGGACAGCAGAGACGACGCACUGCUACAGAGAGAGGCGUUUUCCCUGGAGGAAAUAUUCGAGAGCGACAUAACGAACGAGGAAAAUAAAUCCAUCGUGGAUUAUUUGAGACAAGUACAAAAUGAGAGGGACCAACUUCCAAGUACAGUGAGCGUAAGGAGCAUAAAAGGGGCAGAACAACAAAGUGAAAACAGUGAAGGGAAAUCCAAUUCCACGCAUCAAAUAUUUGUAGUACUGGACAAGUACAAGGAGACUAAUUUGACCAAGUACAAUUGUUCCACAUGGAGGGAGAAUGUUAUACAUUAUGUGAAAAGUGUGAGGAAAUAUAUGCACAGAAAAUACAACAAGAAAAUGAUCGAUGGGUCGAAGUACCAUAGUGCAAAAUGUGAUGUACUCUCGAAACUGAAAAAAAAGGAAAAUUUGAUUUCUGUUUUUUCUUCAUCGCCAUUGUGUAUUCAUUUGUAUAUGUAUGGCAUUAAUUACAAACAGGUGGUUUACUACCUCCAUGUCAUAGCUAGCCAUUUGGUUGAUCGGAAGGAAGGGCAGUCUUGGAUGCUGUACGUCUGGAUUAUUUAUUUACUCAUUCUGUUGGACUCUCUGCAGGCCCUGGACUCGAGCGUCUCCUCGGAUUUGCAGACGAUCAAGCGGGCUUGCGUAGAAAGGGGGGAGGCCGUAGAGAAGCACAACGUUGUUCACCCAAGCGACUUAACCUUCCUGACCCAUUUUUAUUGCAACUCACCAAGUGCAAUCAACAGCAUGGCGUGCUCGUCCCACUGCCCCCAAUCCAUUUAUUACAUAAUUUAUUACCUGAUCACAGAAAUAUUUAAUCAGAAAUGA